UUUGUUAUAAUUUUCAGUUUUAAGCAGCCAAAUAUCAGCUUGUCUAUUUUCUGGGAAAAUUUUGCGCGCGAGAAACCCUAAUUCAUUCGAUUCUUUGUUGGAUUCGAAUUUCGGUUCUUGGAAGAUUAGGGAGCAAUGACUAUCGAAGCCCUAGGGCAGGUGAACGUUACUGAAUCCCCCACUGCGGGAUCCAGAAGUGUCGAUUGCUUCGAGAAAUUGGAGCAAAUUGGCGAGGGCACAUAUGGUCAGGUUUACAUGGCUAAAGAGAUCGAAACUGGUGAAGUUGUUGCUCUCAAGAAAAUACGAAUGGACAAUGAGAGAGAAGGGUUUCCUAUAACUGCUAUACGAGAAAUCAAGAUUCUAAAGAAACUACACCAUGAAAAUGUGAUCAAGCUGAAAGAAAUUGUGACUUCUGAUGGUCCCGAGAAAGAUGAACAAGGGAGACCUGAUGGUAACAAAUAUAAAGGUGGCAUCUAUAUGGUCUUUGAAUACAUGGAUCAUGAUUUAACAGGUCUUGCUGACCGACCUGGGAUGAGAUUUACAGUUCCUCAAAUUAAGUGUUACAUGAGACAGCUUUUGACGGGGCUUCACUAUUGUCAUGUUAAUCAAGUACUUCAUCGUGAUAUCAAAGGCUCAAAUCUUCUUAUAGACAAUGAAGGAAAUGUUAAGCUUGCAGAUUUUGGACUGGCACGAUCAUUUUCUAAUGACCAAAAUGCAAAUCUUACUAAUCGUGUCAUUACAUUAUGGUACAGACCACCUGAGUUGCUGCUAGGGACAACAAAGUAUGGGCCAGCUGUAGAUAUGUGGUCUGUUGGGUGCAUUUUUGCUGAGCUUCUUCAAGGGAAGCCGAUCUUUCCUGGAAAAGAUGAGCCAGAACAAUUAAAUAAAAUAUAUGAGCUGUGUGGAGCACCAGAUGAGGUCAAUUGGCCUGGAGUUUCUAAGAUACCUUAUUAUAAUAAAUUUAAGCCAACAAGGCAGAUGAAAAGACGUUUGAGGGAAGUUUUUAGGCAUUUUGAUCGUCAUGCUCUAGAGUUGUUGGAGAAGAUGUUAACACUUGAUCCGGCUCAGAGAAUUACUGCAAAAGAUGCACUUGAUGCCGAAUACUUCUGGACAGAUCCAUUACCAUGUGAUCCCAAGAGUUUACCCAAAUACGAGUCAUCACAUGAGUUUCAGACAAAGAAAAAACGUCAACAAAGGCAAAAUGAAGAAAUGGCUAAACGUCAGAAAAUGCAGCACCCUCGUCUUCCUCCCAUUCAACAGCCUGGGCAACAUGCCCAAAUGCGAUCCGGACCAAAUCAAACAAUUCACUCUCAACCCCAAGUUGCUGCAGGACCUACUCAUCAUUAUGGAAAGCCUCGAGGUCCAUCAGGUGGACCAGGAAGAUAUCCCCCAAGUGGGAACCCAGGUGGAGGAUAUAAUCAUCCAAAUAGAGGAGGUCAAGGUGGUGGUGGUUAUGGCAGUGGACCUUAUCCUCCUCAAGGACGCGGUGCACCUUAUGGGUCCAAUAAUAUGUCUGGUGGUGGUCCUCGUGGCAGUGGCAGCAGUGGUGGCGGCUAUGGAGUUGGAGCUCCAAAUUAUCCCCAACAAGGUGGCCCGUAUGGGGGUUCAACGGCUGGUCGUGGCUCAAACAUGAUGGGUGGAAACCGCAAUCAACAACAGUAUGGAUGGCAACAGUAAAUUUACUGUCUUAUAAUGAUUAUUAGUACUAUGCUUUGGUGAUAACUUAUAAAUUUGAGAAAAAUUAGAUUAUUAAUGAUAAGUUACUGAGAAAAAGAUAUGAUAUACGCAUUUUUACUAUUCUGAAAUAUUAUUCUCAUUACUUGAAGUAUGUGGUAGCAUUUGUGAUGCAUACAUGCAGUAAGAGUUGUCAAUAUUCUGGUAUAUCUUUUUCAUCACUACUUGGUAAUCUUUGUGAUGUAUACAUAAUACAUGUAUUUUAAGAGUUGUCUUUAA